AUGGUGCUCAACGACACAUCACCGCAGUCCGAGUCCGAGGGCUCCUACGCGCCAUCCCAAAAUGGAUCCAACUCAUACACCAGCGGCCACAUCCCAAUCCCCGGGUAUCCCCUCGUGCUCAAAACCGAAUACCUUUCCCGCCCAGACCCAUUCACGCUGUACUUCGGCUUCGUCGGCCAACGCAACUGGCUCCACAAGAACGGCGCACACGUCCGCGACCGCAUUGAAUCCUGCAAAGUGAUGAUCAACCGGCUCCCCACGCAGGAGGAGCUCGACGCCUUCGUCUACCACGGCAGCAAAUACAUCUACCACCAGCGCCUCGGCGCGCCCUACUGCGGCGCCAUCGGCAUGGCGUACGUGUACUGGCGCGUGCGCAACUCGGGGGUCGUCGCGCAUCUUGCCCCCGGACUGAAACCGGGGCAGAGGCCGUCGCCGGCGCAGGUGUUGGCGGCUGUGAAGCUCUACUCGACGAUCGAGCCGGCGAAUUUCCGACAGUUAAUGGUGUGGGGAUCGUUCCGGUGGUUCUUCUGGGUGGCGGCGGGCUCGGUGAUAACGAGUGUGUGGGGGAUGUUCCAUGAUCUGAAGGAGACGAUGGGCGAUCCGCGGCUGAAGCAGUUCUUUGCGGAGAUGAAGGAUAAUGACCCGGAGGAGGUGCGCAGGCGGAAGGUCCAGAGGGUUGUGGAGAAGACGAAAGCGGCCAGGGAGGCGGCGGAGCGGCGCGCGCAGGGCUUGCCGCCUGUGGAGCCGGGGAUGGGUCAGGGUGUCGGUGCGGGAGGGGGAGGCUACGCUGAGAGCCAUGAGCAUGACCAGGAUGGUGGGACGUACGGGUCUUUGGACCCUUACUCUUCUUCCUCUGCGAGGGAGACUGUUGAGUCGGCGUCGUCGGAUAAGCCUGCUAAUCUGCCGGAUCGGAAUCUGGGGCGCUUGUACGGUGAUCCCUCCGCGACGCAGUCGAUGCGCGGUGCUACCACUGUCGACCAGAACAAGACUUCGGACUUUUUUGAAAGUGACGACGCGAGCCCCGUUGCGGCGGAGUAUCGCUCUGACGGUGGCUCGCAGGGAAGCGCCUGGGAUCGCAUUAGACAGCAGGCCAGUUCUGGCUCCCAGGGCGGGCAGGAUAGCGGGCUAGGGUCGGCGUGGAAUCGGUCCGUCAAUGAGAGGCAACAGCGCGAGCAGGAUAGCGGGUUAGGGUCAGCAUGGAACCGGGGUUCUUCAUCGCCAGACAGUGACAGCCGACAGCGCGAACAAGCUCAGGCUGAAUUUGACCGCUUGCUAGAGGCCGAGAGGAACAUGGCCGGUGACUCUCAAGGGGGAGAGAAGAAGGGAUGGGGAAGAUGGAACUGA